ACAUAACCGCUUCGUCGUUCAUUCAAUCAACAGUUCGUGCAAUUUUUGCCAGUUCACAAUUAAAUUCACGUGCAUUAUAACCAACAAAUAAUUUAGACUAAUUCUUAAAUUAAACAUAUCAGUGACCACUGUUAACGUGCUUUAUUAUAGUGCAAUAUUAUCACAAUGCCACCACAGGGCCAGCAGCAGGGGUCGUGGGUUCUGUAUGAAUCGGAUUUGAACAAAGACGCCACACCACCGCCCCUCGUGCCGCCCUCUGCCGAAAAAAGAAAAUGGAAGAUAGUUUGGAGAAACGUCAUACUGUUUAUGCUCCUCCAUUUAGGAGGUCUAUAUGGAGCAUACCUGUUUUUAACACAAGCCAUGUGGACUACACGGAUAUUUACGGUGCUACUGUACCUGUCAUCCGGUCUCGGGAUAACAGCGGGAGCUCACCGUCUUUGGGCGCACAAGUCGUACAAAGCUAAGCUUCCGCUUCGAAUGUUGCUCACCUUAUUCAACACCCUCGCGUUCCAGGACUCUGUACUCGAUUGGGCACGAGACCACCGAAUGCACCACAAGUACUCAGAAACCGAUGCUGACCCUCACAAUGCAACACGAGGGUUCUUCUUCUCCCACGUCGGCUGGUUGCUUGUGAGGAAACACCCUGAGAUCAAAGCGAAAGGACACACCAUUGAUAUGAGCGACCUCUGGGCUGAUCCUGUGCUGCGAUUCCAGAAAAAGUACUACCUGAUACUUAUGCCAUUGGUUUGCUUCAUCCUACCAACAUACAUACCAACUCUAUGGGGAGAAUCAUUAUGGAAUGCCUAUUUUGUGAGCGCAAUCUUCCGAUACGUUUACGUCCUAAACGUUACCUGGUUGGUCAAUUCGGCAGCUCACAAAUGGGGCAGCAAGCCGUAUGACAAAUUCAUCAACCCUGUAGAAACCAAGUCAGUAUCACUGGUUGUACUUGGAGAGGGUUUCCACAAUUACCAUCAUACAUUCCCAUGGGACUAUAAGACCGCUGAACUGGGGAAUUACUCAUUAAACUUCUCAAAACUGUUUAUUGAUACUAUGGCUAAAAUCGGUUGGGCAUACGAUCUGAAAACAGUGUCACCAGAUGUUAUUGAGAAGAGGGUGAAGAGGACAGGAGACGGCACGCACCAAGAAUGGGGCUUCGAAGAAUUACAUAAAGAAUUACAUGAACAUUCACAGUAGAUAUUUGUGUAACUUGUAAAAAAUCUUGGUACAAAAUGACAAAUCCAGAACGGAUUAUUAGAUAUGCUUUGCAAUAUCCUAUGUGUAGAGACAUUUUGACUGUGACGGAUAAUGUGAUAUUUAAGAAUAUUUAAAGUUUGAUUAUUACUUAUUAAAUAUUUGUAUGGAAAAUUAGGAAAAUGUUAAAAAUAGAUUGUUAGAAAUAUAUAA